AUGAGCGCACGAGCUGCCAAGCGGAAGCGGACCACGUCGCAAGGCGGGGGCGGCAAGGCGGGUGGAGGGAAGACGCAGCGAGGACCGAAGGGCACAUCUUCGGAAUCGCCUGCUCAGGGGCCUGCCGCGAGCAAGGAAGGCGGGACUGAGAGCGGCCCGGUCUUCCCGCUCACCAUCCCUCGGCCCCUCAUGCGACUGGUGUACAAAGAACAGGAGCUCAUCGAACAAGAGAAGCAGCUGCCGCGCGAGCCCAAUGUAAACAAGAUUUUGGAUGACUACCUCAAGACGCUGCCACCAGACGAGGACACAACCGAGGGAGAAAGUGGAGCGGAGCAGCUCUGGGACGAAGUGGUGGAAGGCAUCCGACACUACUUCAACAAGUCCCUCGGAUGUCUCCUGCUCUAUGGGCCGGAACGAGCGCAGUACAAUGAACUCCGACGCAAGAACAAGAACGUCCUCGUAGCCGACGUCUACGGCGCCGAGCACUUGCUACGCUUGUUUGUAAAAUUUCCAGACUUGCUGGAGAAGGCAGAGAUGGAGGAGGAGGCGCGAGUCCUCAUCCGCACCAAGAUGGAACGAUUUCUUGCCCACAUGAACAGCAACAAGAAAUCCCUCUUCACCGCUGAGUACCAGGCAGCGGGACGACGCAGCGAGAGAUAG